AUGGCAUAUGUGACACAAAGGACAUCCAUAAUUCUCUACGCUGUGUUUCAUUUGAUCAGCAGUCUUUUUAUUUGCACCACAGCAGACGUAACAAGUAAAUGCGCCAACACCACUAUCUGUAUUGGAACCUAUGCUGACAUCUACAAAUCCUUAGCAUCAGAUGUGAACAGUUUUAACAUCGAAUACGCCUUAUAUCCGGCAAAUGAGCCUUCCUCAGUUCUAGUCUUCGUCAACUUAUAUGGUCAGAAUGGAACAGAUAAAACGGGCAACGAUUCCGUGCCUGAUGUAAUGAAAUACAUAUGGAGCUUGAGAAGCCUUUAUGCUGCUUUUCCCGCUGUUUUCUUGGAGAUCUCAUCCUUUUUCUCAAUAUUGGUGACUCCACGCACGCAAGAACUAAACAUCACGAUUCCAUUCUUUUGCUGCAAUGUUUCUGUAAAAGACAGGAAAAGAAUGAUUAAAACUGCACUGGCUGCUGUAAGUAUUUCAAUUAGCUAUUUUAUAUUAGCACACAAAGUCCCAUUCGCGAAUUCAAGAUGUUAGCGCAAUGCUCAACGAGUUUGCUUAGAAAUUCCGAAAGGUUUCUGAUGAAUCUUUUAGCCGAGACGAAACGCAGCGUGUUAUUAGCCACGAAGUAUUUUUUCAAAGUAGUUGACAAUUUCCCAUGGUAGAAAUAAUUAAAAAUAUCCGUAAUACAAAAGGCACUCAUUCUACUAAAUUUAAAUCUCACUUUACCUAAGCCGUCACCUUCACAUUUUUCUUUUGUACAAAAAUAUUUCGGAAUCUUACUCACUUAUAGAUUUUGAGUGGUUUGUGUAUCAAUACGCUGUUGCGGCUGGUCGACGCCCAGCCGUCGCUUGGGUUCCCAUACGGGACAUCUAUGUUUUGAAAUACAGUUCAAAAUGACUAAAAUGAAACACGCAUGAUUCCCUGUUACUCUGAGUUUCGUGCUUACGCACUCAUCAGAUAGAUUAAAUUAAAUUAAUUGAUUAUUAAAUGAGUAACAGGGAAUCAUGCGUGUUUCAUUUUAGUCAUUUUGAACUGUAUAUAUGUAUACAGUUUUAUAUAUAUAUAUAUAUAUAUAUAUAUAUAUAUAUAUAACAACACAUAUAUAAAAUGACUGGAAAUAUAUGAGAAUCAUAUAUGUGCACUGCGGUGAAGAUAUGAGAUAUAUGCGAUUCUCACAGCUAUGAACACUACUGAAAUGAGUAGUUGAAUGAGACUGCUAUAGUUGAAAUGAGACCUGAAAAAAUUCAGGCCCGUACAGGAUUUGAACCCAUAUGUAAGAUUUCUGCUAUCGAAAAAUCAGUGAGCGGUUUACAACGUUUUAUUUACUGACAGCUAAAUGCCUUUUAAAUCGAAAAUGAUGACUUCCACUCAAGUUGUCGAAAUCGCCGUCAGUGAUCGCUAUCUCCAGAACUGGUUGAAUAAAAUACUUCUGCUAUCACCAAAAACGGUUUUUCACUCUUACACGCUCCACUCUUAUAGUCACGUCUGAUGUAUAGUUUUUUUUUAGCUUCAAGACCUUGCUGUAACUUCUGGCUUGCGAGAUCCACGCUUGAAUUUUGCAGAAUCUGUCAUAGAAGGGCACAUCCCAGACAUGAAGACUACUGGUCGUUCUUACUUAAGGGUAGUUUUGUGGUUUUCUUUCCUGUGUCCCAUGUUUUUUGGUCCAUUUUUAUAUCUUUGGGUCUUACAAUACUUAAAAGAUGACACUCAAGGUAUAUCACUCUCAGCGGGUAGCGAUGGAAAUCGUAGAAGGGUAGAUUAUAUUUGUCGUAGAAACGAAGAACCACUGAUACGUUCAGUAACUUUAUUUUGUUGUUUCCUGUUGCUGAUAGAGGUCAUCUUUGUUUUAGCUAGAGUGUGGACAUCCACCGAAAUUUCAAAAAGAGGAAAUAUGUCGCGAGACUUUAUGGCACUCCUUGCACUUAUACCAGAAUGGUUAGUGAUAUGCUGUUGUAACUGCCUUUGUUGUGAAGAUCUGGAUAUUAGUUCAUUUUUCAGCAGAUUAUUGCUUAUUAUGUGCACGAGCUUUGUUAGUUACCAUUUGAGCUGGGUAGCAGUGGGCAUCAUGGUUAAUCCAGCUUGGGGCGUUUCUAUUUUGCUGAUACUAUCCUUUUUUUGCAUUACCCUUUUUUUUGUUAUCAAUGAAACAACCCACGCAAAUGACUCCCGCCUUUCUACCCUUUUCGCAUAUACACCUGGCUUCCUUGGUCUCUGCUUUGUUGUCGUCCCUCCAGUAUUAGUUGGACAGUCAUUUUAUGGUCGGGAAACUGCAGACGAUAUUCUAAAAGCAGCGUUAUUGUCUGUUAUCGGUGCUGUGUCAUGGCUGUACUUCAAA